AUGGGCGGAGGACCAGAUGAAUGGUUAAGUACAAUCAAGUCAUGCCAAUAUUUACCCGAACAUGAUAUGAAAAAACUUUGUGAAAUGGUCAAGGAAUUGUUAAUGGAGGAAUCUAAUAUACAGCCGGUGUAUACACCAGUAACAGUUUGUGGUGAUAUUCAUGGACAAUUUUAUGAUUUGUUAGAGCUAUUUCGAGUUGGAGGAGAGAUUCCAGAUACACAUUAUAUAUUUAUGGGUGAUUUUGUAGAUAGAGGAUAUUAUAGCUUAGAAACAUUUACCUUAUUAAUGGUGUUAAAAGCAAGAUAUCCUGAUAAGAUUACUCUUUUAAGAGGAAAUCAUGAAAGUAGACAAAUAACGCAAGUUUAUGGAUUUUAUGAUGAGUGUCAAUCAAAAUAUGGAAAUUCAAAUGUUUGGAAAUAUUGUUGCCAAGUAUUUGAUUAUUUGACAUUAGCAGCUAUUGUUGAUGGACGAGUUCUGUGUGUUCAUGGAGGAUUAUCACCUGAAGUUAGAACAUUAGAUCAAAUAAGAAUAAUACCAAGAGCACAAGAAAUUCCACAUGAGGGAUCAUUUUGUGAUUUGAUGUGGUCUGAUCCCGAAGAUAUUGAAACAUGGGCUGUUAGUCCACGCGGAGCAGGAUGGUUAUUCGGAGCUAAAGUAACAAACGAAUUCAACCAUGUUAACGAUCUUAGUUUGAUAGCUCGAGCACAUCAACUAGUUCAAGAAGGGUUUAAAUAUAUGUUUCCGGAUGACAAUCUUGUAACAGUAUGGUCAGCUCCUAACUAUUGUUACAGGUGUGGUAAUGUAGCAUCAAUUAUGCAAAUUGAUGAAAACUUACAAAUCGAUGAAAAUAGCUUUAAAAUUUUUAAUGCCGUACCUGAUCAAGAGCGUGUUAAUCCAGCUAGAGCAGGUAUAGACAAAUGGAUACAAAAUAGAUCAAACUUACUUUUUUUUCGUAAUUCUUCAAGAAUGUUGGAAUUAAAAAGUCCAAACGAAAAAAAACCCAAGUCUCGAAGUUGUAAUUUAAAGAAAGUUAUUGCUCAACAUUCUAGAACAAAAUGUUGUUGUUGUAUACCAAUAAAGCCAGGUGUCAUGACCAUUGCGAUACUUUUGUUGAUACAUGCAUUAUGGCAUACAGCAAUAAUGAUCCCAGAGAUUAAAACAUUUAAAUGGAAAGAUGAUACAAUGCACAAUUGUCAAGAUGAUAUAAGAUAUUGGAUACCAUCAAAUUCAAGUACUGUAACCGUGCCAUAUGAUCCUAAUGCCAUUACAAUUCAAGAAGUUGGUGAUGCUUGUGAGGUUGCUACUAUUUUAGCAUUAAUAUUUUAUCUGAUUGAUUAUUUUCUUAAAUUUAUUUUUUUGAUCCAUUUUGGAAGAGUGGUACAUUCAUAUAGUAAAGUAUUAUUUGAAGAAAAGAUUGAUAAUGGAGAGGAUCAUGAAAUAGGAAAAAUUGAUGAUUUAGAAGAUGAUAAAAAAAAGAAUGACCGAAACAAUGAUGCAAUUAUUUCUACUGUUACUACUAAUACCAACACUAUCAAUAAUGAUAGUGAUGAUGAUAAAAUUUUGCCACCUUCUUUAACAACUGCCAGUUCAGUCACCUCUAAAUGA